GGUAGUGAGAUGGCAUCGGAGAUGAGCAAGAACAUGAAAGCUGCUGAUGAUCAAGAGGUUACAUCACAGGAACGUGACCAAAGUGGUGGUACAAAAGCAGAUGGGGAGGAGCAGGUGGCUCCAUUGGCGCGACAAUCGUCAAUUCUCUCGCUCACCUUGGAGGAGCUACAAAACUCCUUGUGUGAGCCGGGCCGCAACUUUGGUUCCAUGAACAUGGACGAGUUUGUAGCUAACAUAUGGAAUGCCGAAGAAUUCCAGGCUGCCACCGGAGGUUGCAAGGGGGCCAUGGAGGAAACCAAGGCGGUAGGCGCCGGAGGCGGAGAUGCAGGAGGAAGCGGUUUAUGUCGGCAAGGAUCGUUUUCCUUGCCACUACCACUAUGCCAGAAGACGGUGGAGGAAGUGUGGGCUGAGAUCAACCAAGCCCCUGCACACACCUCAGCUCAGGCCCCUGCACAACAACUUGUCCAGCCACAAGCGCGGAGCGGCGGCGUCACGGCUAACGGCCGACAGGUAACACUAGGUGAGAUGACACUUGAGGAUUUCUUGGUAAAGGCUGGUGUGGUCCGAGGGUCCUUCUCUGGCCAAGCCCCUAUGGCGGCUGGCAUGGUCCAUGGGCCAGUGAACCCCAUGCAGCAGGGCCAAGCCGGUCCUAUGAUGUUCCCCAUGGCACCGGCAAACACCAUCUAUCCAGUGAUGGGUGAUGGCAUGGGGUACCCAGGUGGAUACAACGGGAUGGCAGUUGUGCCACCGCCACCUCCGGCUCAAGGUGCAAUUGCUGCUUUGAGUCCCGGAUCAUCAGACGGGAUGAGUGCCAUGACACAUGCUGAUAUGAUGAAUUGCAUUGGCAAUGGGAUGAUUAUUGAAAAUGGAACAAGAAAGCGUCCCCACAGGGAAGAUGGCUGUGCUGAGAAGACAGUGGAGCGUCGCCAGCGGCGCAUGAUCAAGAACCGUGAGUCAGCUGCACGGUCCCGUGCCAGAAAGCAGGCUUAUACGGUGGAGCUUGAGGCAGAACUGAACUAUCUCAAGCAGGAGAACGCUCGUCUCAGAGAUGCAGAGAAGACGAUUCUACUGACAAAGAAGCAAAUGCUUGUUGAGAAGAUGAUGGAGCAGUCCAAGGAGAAGAUGAAUGCCAAGAAGGGCGGCAGCCAGCUGCGCCGCUGUGGCAGCUGCGUGUGGUGAAAUGGACACAGUGGCUCCGUCUGGGGUGUCACUGGCCUUUGCAUGAGACAGACUUGCACAUUCUGUCAUUCAGAUUUGCUUAGUUUCAGACUAAGUGAUGUUCUGCUAUCCGUGGUACUAGUUGCUAUAUCUUGGUAUAUGUUGUGAUGCUUAUAAACCUGCCUGGGCCGACAUGUCUUGCCAGCAUGUUCACUGGUCCUUGCGUCGGCUUACAUAGUUACAUGUCGCUAUUUGUACAAAAACAACGAAGAAUAAAGCUAUAU